UGACGGGUGCGCGUCUGGUGCACACAUACCUUAUCCGCCCGUGGCCUGGCCUCUCUCCGUCUCCAUCUCCAUCUAUCUGCACUCCGCGGCAGCAUCAGAGUCAGAGGAGCGGCGCGCAUAUCCCCUCCAUGGAUUCCUGCUCCCCUCCUCUCCUUCCCUAGGCCAGGGCCAGCAGCUCCUUCCCCCGAUAGAUCCUGAAAGAAACGCACACACACAGGCACUAGCAUUGUCAUCCCCAUCCAGGAGGAGUCGAGAGGUUGACGAUGGCGUUAGCCUGUACAGCAGCCAGGCUAGUCCACCCCUGCAAGGGCAUGGGCAUGGUGUCCAAGCAGCACCCAAGAACACCGCCGCCGCCGUCCUCCUCCUGCUUACACCUCCACACCCUCCUCCAUAGGCCCGUCGCCAGCAGCCACUUCGCGCGCCACUCCGUCGACGUGUCCAAGGACGACAAGCCGCUUGAGACGCCGACGGCGACGACCACAGAGACAGAGAGCCCCCAGCAAGCCGCCGCCGCCGCUUUGCAGCAGGAGGCCGAGGACGACGACGGCGGGCCAAAGCUGGACCCUCGGCGGUUCGAGGAGAAGUUCGCGGUGCUCAACACGGGGAUCCACGAGUGCCGCUCCUGCGGGUACCGCUACGACCAGGCGGCGGGGGACCCGUCGUACCCGGUGCCGCCGGGCCUGCCCUUCGCGCAGCUGCCCGACGACUGGCGGUGCCCGACCUGCGGCGCCGCGCAGUCCUUCUUCGAGAGCAAGAGCGUGGAGAUCGCCGGGUUCGCGCAGAACCAGCAGUUCGGGCUGGGCGGCAACUCCCUCACCUCCGGCCAGAAGGGCCUGCUCAUCUACGGCAGCCUCCUCGUCGGCUUCCUCUUCUUCAUCUCCGGCUACUUCCUGCAAUGACGCUGCCCUUUCUGCUUUCCGUUUGUGUGAAUACUUACGUACUCCCCAUUCCCAGAGACGAUUUUGUGGCAAUCAUCGUUCAGCAUAUCAUAUCCAUCAAUUAACUGGAGUAGAAAACCUUGGCAGUAGAAUUUGAUGAUGCAGAGAUCGUUAAGUUUUGACUUCAAUUGAGUCUGCCGUCAAUAUUUUGUUUGUAGCAUAUACUCUUCUAUAUAUUUAUUACUGGCACAAAUAAUUUUGUAGCUAUUGGCUGA